CCUAGCCCGUGGUUAUACGGAAAUAAAUAUAAAUACAGACACCAUGGCGCUGUUGACCGCCCGUAACUUGACGCUCUGCGUUAUUUCCUUGCUAAACUUUGUUUUUGUCUUCGUUACCGGAGCGGAUUUCGUCCGUUUCAUUUCAUUUCGCCCGGUUUAUCACAACAUCACCGGAGGCGCGCCCCUCUGCGACGACACGGCGCUGUGGUCAGUGGCCCUGCAGGACGCUGCAGUGUUGAAGUGUUUAGCUGUAGAUUUGUUCCUGUUGGUGCUGUUCAGUGUGCAGCACAGCCUGCUGGCCUGGACGCCUGUUAAACAGGUGUGUCAGUCUGUGCUGGGAGUGUUAAACCGAGCCAUGUACUGCUUCACUACUGCACUCGCACUGCAGCUGUUGAUGCAUUACUGGCAGCCUGUGACCAGUGCCCCCUGUCUGUGGUCAGUGCGCAAUGCACCGUGGGAUAUCUGGUUUCCACUCAUUUGUUUCACUGUACACUUCCUGUGCUGGGCUGUGAUCUGUAGCAUCCUGCUUAUAUUCGACUACGCAGAGCUGCUCGGCCUUAAACAGGUGUAUUAUGAGUGUUUAGGUCUGGGGGACCCUCUCUCCCUGAAGUCGCCCCGUGCCCAGCGUCUGUAUGCCCACCUUCGCCACCCCGUGUGUGUGGAGCUCCUGCUGGUGCUCUGGUUCUUGCCCACUCUGUCUGUGGACAGGUGUGUGUUGGCCACGUACCUGACGCUGUACCUGGCUCUGGCCCACUCUCUGGAUGCAGAGGACUGCUUGUACCUAAGUGCUCAGCUCCACAGCAAGAUGCAGAUCUUCUCUACGUCUGCAGGGGGCAACACCCACACACACAGUAACAACAACGAUGAUGAUGAGUGCAAACUGGAUUAACCUCAUCCACAUCAGACCAAGUACUGCACUUAACACACUCCCACUGACUUCCUCUAUAACCACUCACCAGCCUUGUGAUUGCCACAGGGAUUUAACCAAGGGGAAGUUGAUAAGGGCGUGUUAAAAACAGUACCUGGUUAUUCUGCUCACUCGGGUUCAAAACAUUAAAAAUGUAAACAAAUGGGAGGACGGAGAGAUAGAAAAACAGCUGUUUUUAUAAAGAUUUUUAUUAAACCUUUGGUAUUUUUUAAUAUAAAAUAGUAUUUUGCAUUACGAUAAUAUACGCAAAGAUCAGAAACCCUGUUGUUUCCACAUUCUGAUCCUUUCUUCUCCCAGAGCCUCGAUCUUUGUGCUCUUUACACGACAUAAACCAGAUUUAUGAAUAUUUCCAUAAUGUCAGAUCUUCAAGCUCACCUGAGAAAUAGAUUAGUUGGGUGUACCUGCCUUGAUGCCCAAUGACGCCUGAGAUAGACCCAGGCUCCCCGUGACCUGAGGAUAGAUCAGAUAAGUGGUACACACAAUGAAUUGAAAUGAAAGGAUUCUGAACAUGUUUUGGAUUAUGUUUGUAGUCCAACAGGCCAGAUUUCAACCUCUAUUUGAACAUUAUGGUUUCAAAUAUAUUUCACAUAAAUAAUCAUCCAUAUGGUAAACUAGUGAGUGUGUGUUACAGUGUGUGUGUGUUACAGUGUGUGUGCGUGUUACAGUGUUUGUGUGUGUGUGUUACUGUGUGUGUGUUACUGUGUGUGUGUUACUGUGUGUGUGUUACUGUGUGUGUGUGAGUGUUACAGUGUGUGUGUGUUAGCACAGUAUUGGUGACCCUGAGUGUUUUUUCUCCUGUCACUCAGUGGCUGGAUUGUUAUGUGCUUUUUUCUUCUUCUUUUUUUAAAGUAGUUUUUUUUACAGUUUAAUCUAGACCACAUUGUACAGUGCUUCCUCUGUGCAAAGGUCAGUCUGAGACUCCAGUGACCAUUAAACAGGAAGAGAUUAAGUUCAAACUGAUUGAGUUCACACAUGUGAAGCUGAAGAGGUGAAGACUUCCUGAGGCUGUAAUUUUCAAACAUACUGAUAAAAUAUUAAUGUAAAAAGAAGCUCAAACACUACAGGCUGCACAAUAAAACUUUAGAUUAAAUAACAAUAAGUGCAGUUAAUCAGAUCUUCCUGAUCUUCACCAGAAACGCAUACAACAGGAAAUAGGUGAGUCAGAAUGAAGGUGCUGCUGGAGACUCGAGCUGAUGAUGAGGAGUUUUAUACUGAACCAUUAAAUCCACAACAAAACUCAGCAAUAACAAAAAAGUAAAUAAAAAUUCUCCUGACAUAUUCUAUCACAAUUGGAACAGAUAUGAUGUUUUUCUGUAUGCCUCAUAUGUAACCCAUGGUUGUUUAUAAUUUAAUAGUAAGUUUUAUAUCGAUAUAUAAUCACUGAAGAAACACUCAGGACCUUCACAUACCUACAGACUUAAACACUGAUCAGUGGGAAUAAAUAAAGAUUUGUGCAUAUAUAUAUAUAUAUAUAUAUAUAUACAGACUAUUUGGAGUAAACGAUAGUUCUGUUGUUUUGUGUGUAAGACAUCGGAACAAAGAUUUUAAUCAUGAUUUAAAAGUUAAAAUAAAUAUUGGUAUUGAAUUGGUUUACCUGCUUUUUUCUGAGGGUUUUUGCUUUAACAGAAAAUACACAGUGUCCACUUUAUUACACUACAUCAUAGAGCUCCACAAUUAAUGGAUUUUCUAAUGGUCAUUACGAUUACAGAUGCCACGAUUACGUAAUCGUUCAAAGCUGCACUUACAA